CUUCGGACCUUGGGAGGACCCUGGCAGCCGCAGCAGCAGCAGUAGUAGUCGUUUUCCUCCCCGACAGUGAGAGGGACAAGGGGUCCCCAGCAGAGCAGAGCAGGACAGGACUGGCCCGACCCGACCCGGCCCGGCCCGGCCCGGCCGCCCCAUCCGGAUGGCGUAGUCCGCCUCCACUUCCUCCCGGCCCCCUGGACCAUCCCAGCAUCGCAGCUGCCCACCCAACACCCUGCUGCCGAGGUGACUGAGAGACAGGAUUUCAAAAGAAACAUUUGUGGUGUUCAAGGGACGUCUCUUGGGAGGAAGACCUGCCAGUUGAGUUGGCGGAGCUGAUCUGAAAAGUGGCACAAAAAAUGGCUUCGAAUUUUAUAAUCACCGGACUUGCCUUGAUGAGUCUGUGCCUGGCAACCGCAGGUCCUGUGCCCAGGACAGAAUGUGCGCUCUCACCUGUCAAUUCCUCCCAUCCGGUCCAAGCCUUGCUGGAGAGUUUCACCGUCUUGUCAGGCUGCGCAAGCCGAGGCACAACUGGCCUGCCGUGGGAGGUGCACGUUCUCAAUCUCCGAAGCCCAGAUGAUGGGCCCAGCCAGCUAGAAAGAGAGGUCACACUGCAUCUGAAUCCUAUUUCAUCAGUGCACAUUCACCACAAGCCAAUAAUAUUCCUGCUCAACUCCCCUAAGCCCCUGACCUGGAAGCUAAAGACAGAGAGAUUGGCGGCUGGAGUCACCAGACAUUUCUUUGUGUCUCGAGGUUCCCUGGUCCAGUUUGAGGCCGGUAACUUCUCCCAGUCAGCGACUACUGCGGAAAAGACCUUCCCACAGAGAAACGAUCAGUUGCUGCAAUGGGCUCAAAAGGAAUAUGGAGCAGUCACUUCUUUCACUGAGCUCAAGAUCUCAAGAAACAUUUAUAUCAAAGUGGGUGAAGAUCAAGUGUUCCCUCCGACCUGCACCAUCGAGAAGAACUUUCUCUCCCUCAAUUAUCUUGCGGGGUAUCUUCAGCCCAAGCCCGCAGAGGGGUGUGUGAUGUCCAGUCUGCCUCUGGAGAGGGAAGUGCACGUCAUCGAGUUGAUCACGCCCAAUUCGAAUCCCUACAGUGCUUUCCAGGUGGACAUAAUAGUCGACAUCAGACCGUUUCGAAAAGAUGCCCAUGUGGUCAAAAAUCUUGCUCUGAUCUUGAAGUGUAAAAAAUCCGUCAAUUGGGUGAUCAAGUCAUUUGAUGUUAAAGGCGCCCUGGAAGUUAUUGCACCUAACAGCAUUGGCUUCGGGAAAGAAAACGAAAGGUCCAUGUCUAUGAAAAAAUCAGUAAGAGUCGACAUUCCCUCAACGCAGGAGAGUUUGAUUAAGUGGGCUUUUGACCAUGGAUAUAGUCCAGUUACAUCGUAUACAAUGGCUCCUGUCGCCAACAGAUUUCAUCUAAGGCUUGAAAACAAUGAGGAAAUGAGCGAUGAAGAGGACCAUUCCAUCCCUCCAGAGCUGGCGAUACUACUAGGAGCAAGCACUCUACCGUCUCCCGAGAAUCCCCCCAUCCGAAGCCCCUUCCCUUUUCCCUUCCCGUCUAUCAACAGAAAAGGGAAACAGGAAAAAGGGGAGGAAGGCUCACCUCCCGGAAAGGACCCUAUCAUUCAGGGCCCCAGCAUACAGCUCCUUCCCAGCCCCAAGCAACCCGAAGAGGUUCAAGGGAGGGUUGACGUCGCACUUUCAGUCAGGUGCGAUGACGAAAAGAUGAUCGUGGCCGUAGGAAAAGAUUCUCUGCAGGCUAAUGGCUAUGUAGGGACAGAGCUUUCCCUGCUGGACCCCGACUGCAAAGCCAAGAUGAACGGGACCCAUUUCAUUCUGGAAUCUUCCCUGUAUGCCUGUGGGACCCGGCGCCGAACCUCUGCCCCGGGCAGUGUGGUUUACUAUAAUUCGAUUGUCAUCCAGGUGUCUUCUUCAAGUGACAGCAGUGGAUGGCCAAAUGAUUAUGAAGAUUUGGAGUCUGGUGAUAAUGGAUUUCCAGGGGAUGUUGAUGAAGGAGAUAGUCCCUUCUUGAGCAAGCCUGAAAUUGUUGUGUUUAAUUGCACGCGACGGCAGGCAGGGAUUCCGGAUGGCUCUCACAAUUCCUUCUUGUUGCCAUCUGAACCUCACGUCAGGAAUGUCACCUUCCACAUGGAGCUGUAUGAAACUGACCUCUUCUGGGUCCCCGUACAGGGACUCUUCUCUGUGGCCGAGAAUGGGCCCAUUUACGUUGAGGUUUCUGUCACUAAGGCCGACCGCGAACUGGGAUUUGCCAUCCAAACGUGCUUCAUUUCUCCAUAUUCCAACCCUGAUAGAAUGUCCGAUUACACCAUCAUAGAGAACAUAUGUCCUAAAGAUGAAUCUGUGAAAUUCUAUAAUCUCCAGAAAGUCAACUUCCCUUUACUACAUGCACAGAUGGAAAAAAAGCGAUUUAGCUUUGUGUUUAAGCCGAUCUUCAACACGUCAUUGCUCUUCCUUCAAUGUGAGUUAACCCUGUGUACGAAGAAGGAAAGAGGGACCCAAGGAUUACCCAAGUGCAUUCUUCCUGAUGAAGCCUGCCUCUCUCUGGAUGCUACCACGAUCUGGGCCAUGAUGCAGAACAAGAAGACGUUCACCAAACCGCUCGCUGUAAUCCCUCAAGAAGAGAGAAAUAAAGGUCCAGUUGGUCCCAUACCAAACAAAAUUCCUCAACCAAUUUUCCAUGGUCUGGACACACUGACCGUAGUGGGCAUCGCGUUUGCAGCAUUUGUGAUCGGCGCUCUCCUGACUGGAGCCCUCUGGUAUAUCUACUCUCAUACAGGAGAGACAGCGGGAAGACAGCCGGUCCCUACAACACCCCCAGCCUCUGAGAACAGCAGCGCUGCGCACAGCAUCGGCAGUACACAGAGUACUCCCUGCUCCAGCAGCAGUACGGCUUAAAUCCAGGGAGAGAUGAAGCCAAGGCACCGGGAAGGAGGGCGGUCGUCCAAAGGGGCCUGUUUGUUGCUGUUCGCUGUCUGAACUUGGACAGAUUAAUUCGAUUCAUUUUGAAAGCUGAGAAGGGAUUUUGCUAUUAAAAGUCACCUGAUUUCUUCUUCUUUCCUCCCCACCCCCCCCCCCCCGGUCUUUGGACCGCUCUUUAACACGUUAGGAUACGUGUGACAAAGCUACUAGUUCAAAUCCCACAACCCUCACAGGGCCGGUGGGUUCUCAAUGUGAAACACAUGCCAGUUUUUAAAAUGCUGCUUUGUCCAAAUACAUACGUCCAUAAUUGGGGUUCAUGACCUUUUCCCCCGAUUCACAGAGUUCAUAGGGCUUAUUUUAGCUAAAUGAAUCGACUUGUAUGUGUUUUCUAAGAAAGUCUCCACACGUGAUCCAAGAUGUUUCAAACUCCGAAGUAAUUAGUUGAGGAAGGUUUAAUUAACUUUGUAUCCAUUUAGCCACAUCCAGUUUAGACCUUUGAGUGAGCUUGAUUGCUACAGCCUGAUUUCUGCUUUUAUAUUACACAUGCAGUUUGAGAUAUGUUUGAUUAAUGAUGGCUGCUUUUGUAAAUUACACUGACAUAUGGAAGCAACAUUCCUUUAUGUGUGCAACAAACCCCAAACUCCAGUCACCUUAUCAAUUUUCUGUUUCUUUACACACAUAUACACACACAAACACACACACACACAAUACAAAGAUGUCUUAAUGCAAAUAUUACAUGUCUCCCUCACUUUCUCUGAGCACAUGUGAAUAGAAUAUGGCCAUAUGUUGUAGUUUUUGCACAUUUCUGAUAUUUAGUAUAGAGUACAGUAGCUUAUUAAAGGCAGUAGAAUUUGGCAUGGUCAUAUGAAUUCAGAACUUGGUCCGUGGCAAACACACACAGACUCACAUUUAUAUACUUGCAGAUAUACAGUGUGUAAUCCAGUACAUGUGUUUUUAAAUUGUGGCAACGAAAAUUUACUUUCAGACUCUAGAAAAUAUCCUGGAUCUUACUUUGUGUGUGUGUCAGGGGCUUAGGAUACACCAAAAGGAAUCAACCCUUUUUAUAAAAGUGCUUAGUAAGUGCUCAAUAAAUACCAAUGAUGAUGAUCGAUGGUGAUAAAAACAAAAGCUAAAGAGGCAAAUUCCCAGUGAUAUAUAUAUAUUGAAUUGCUGGUAGUUAUUUGAAUGUUAUAAUUGAUUCUACCAGAAGUAGUGUAGGAACGAGGAAAAG